CGUUCUUGCGCUACCCGAAGACGCAAUAAGAAUGAACACAAACUAAAACCAAAUGAAGUCAAAAUGCCGUCGGAAUCAAAACCUUUGUUGACAGCUCAGACAGAAAAACCUAAUCAUUACUCAUAUUUGAAAGAAUUCCGCGUCGAACAGUGUCCGUCAUUUUUACAACACAAAUGCACUCAGCAUCGGCCUUUUACAUGUUUUCAUUGGCAUUUUAUGAAUCAAAGACGUAGGCGACCUGUUAGGAAGAGAGAUGGUUCUUUUAACUAUAGCGCAGACAAUUAUUGUACAAAAUACGAUGAAACUACAGGUGUUUGCCCCGAUGGAGACGAUUGUACAUUUUUGCAUCGCACGGCUGGUGACACUGAAAGAAGGUAUCAUCUGAGAUAUUACAAAACGUGCAUGUGUGUACAUGACACUGAUUCAAGAGGUUAUUGUGUGAAAAAUGGACCCCAUUGUGCAUUUGCUCAUGGUAAUCAUGAUUUAAGGCCACCUGUUUAUGAUAUCAAAGAAUUACAAGCUCUAGAAAAUCCGGAAAUUGACGCUAAUGGAGCUACUAGCAAUGGUCCAAAUGUUUUAGAUAAGGAAAGGAAUUUAAUGAACGAGGACCCAAAAUGGCAAGAUACAAAUUAUGUAUUAUCCAGUUAUAAAACUGAAGCAUGCAAAAGACCACCUAGGUUGUGUAGACAAGGAUAUGCGUGUCCUCAAUAUCACAAUAGUAAGGAUAAAAGAAGGAGCCCUAGGAAAUAUAAAUAUCGAUCAACACCAUGUCCUAAUGUAAAGCAUGGAGAAGAAUGGGGAGAACCUGGAAAUUGUGAUAGCGGUGAUCAAUGCCAAUACUGUCAUACUAGAACUGAACAACAAUUUCAUCCAGAAAUUUAUAAAUCUACUAAAUGUAAUGAUGUUCAGCAAGCUGGAUAUUGUCCUAGGGGAGUUUUCUGUGCUUUUGCCCAUGUUGAACAGGGCUGUGUUGCAGAGGAGAUGGCUCUGGCACGUGAAUUGAAUGCACCACUUGAUUGCGGUACCAACUUAGCAGAUAUAUUAUCUAGUGCACUACCGCAGACUCUUUCAGCAGUGGACAAGAAAGAUAAAGCUGGAAGUGACUCAUCUAAUGGGAGUGGAGAGGUGUCUGAAUCUGCUUCAACAAGCAGUAUAGGAUCAAAUAGUUCACAUAGCAAAGCACCUGGUUCACAGUUGACGCAUGGGCAAAAUAAAAAUAUCUCUAGCAUUUUGAAUUAUACAGCUCAAAUGCAAUUUGGCCUCUGUGGUCAGGAGUAUAACAAUGACAUAGCCAAACAAAUGUUGUCCUUAGACAAUGACAGUAUGUUGGGGACUAUGGACAAAGAACAGAAGCGCUUGUGCUUGAGUUAUGGCUUAGGCAACGCACUAGAUGAACUAAAUUUAGAAGAUUCUUUGAAUUUAAUACAAAUGGACAAAGAAUUGAAAGAUCAAGAAAUUAGUGUUUCAAAUUCUAUAUCAGCUGGAUUGGCAUCAUCAGGGUUAUUAGGAACGUCAGCACCAGUAAAUAUUCCAGGUUCUACAAUGUCCAACUUUAGUCCAACAAAUUCACCAUUGCAACAGUUGCAAUCUGGAUUCCUUUCAUCUAGAUUUACACAUGCAGAUCAUAUGGACAACUUUUUAAAUUCUCACACAAAGAUUGGUAAUAGUUACAACAACAGUCUAUUUGAUUUUGCUGGAGCAAACAUGUCUCCAGGUAGUAGAAACCAUAACACUUUCUCAAUGUCACCAUCGAGUGUCGGAGAAAUUAGCAGACUACGUGAUGAAUUAAACACUGCAACAGCUCAAAAGCUAGCAUGGGAAGAUAGAGUAUUACAAGCCAGGACUGCUUGUGAGGCAUGGCAAAGAGAAACAGAGGAAGCAACUAGAAAAGCGAGUAUUGCUGAGCAACAAAGGGAUGAAGCUGUAGGUCGGAUGGCACAAUUAAAAAUGGACCUAGAGCAAUUGCAAAGAGGCAGUUUUAUUCAUGGGAUGCCAAGGCAAGAACUGAGAACAUUGACCUUGCCGAAAUUAAAAGCUUUGCAAGCUCAAUUAAGGGCUGACUUGGAAGAAGUAGAAAAGGUUCUAUAUGUAGAAACGGCAGCUAAAUGCAUGAAAUGCGAAGAGCAAAACAGAUCAGUAACUUUAGCGCCAUGCAAUCAUUAUGUAUUGUGUGAUAAUUGUGCUUCCACACAAAAGGAAUGUCCAUAUUGUCAAACACCUGUCAUAGCACAAAUAUAAAAGACAACUGAAAAGUGAAGUUCAUCAGUGCAAGGAAAAUUUGUGAUUUUUUUUUAAAUUCUUCAUUUUAUACACA